ACUUGAUCAACAUCAUAAUUGUGUGUUCUGUUUAGCAGCUAUUAAGUUGCUAGGCAGGAUUUGUGUUGUGGAAACCCAAGGUCUGGUUGCUAACAUAGUCAGAGCUGUCACUUCAUCCAGCCAUCCGUUCAGCUGUUUAAUAUUCCUGUGAAGAGCUCUGAACCAUCCAGCCUCAUGCAGAACUCAGAGAAACCACCGGAUGAACCUGCGGGCGCACAGAUGGAAAGGGAUUCCUAUGAUUUGCCGUCACAUGACGCUCUCUCAAAGAUACUGCCAGAGUAUCUGCACCUCCUCAAAAAGCCUAAAACUCAGACCAGGACAGAAUCUAUACCACAGAAAAAGUCUCAGCUCAACCGAACAUUUGAUGUUCAUUCACCUCUCAAAAGUCCACCAAUACCUGUUUUUGAAGAUGCCCCUCAUGCAGGUGAAGACACUGAACAUCAAACUAAAGAGCUGGAAAACUAUCGCAUGGCGAUGCAUAAGAUGGCGGAUGACAUCCUGUCGCUGCGCUCUCAGGUGAGCACACUGGAGUCUGAGAACAGUCAGCUGCGGCGGGACCUGUCCCUGAAGCAGGACCUCACCCUGCUGGACGACACCGACAUUGACGUCAUGACCAAGACCGAGAUUGCUGACCGGAUCGCCUCUCUGAAGUUCAAACUGUCCAGUGAAAGCAGCAAAGCAGUCGCCCAGAAGGACAGAAUCCAACAGCUUCAAAAUGAGCUCAUCAGGAAGAACGACAUUGAGAAAGAGUUUGUCCAGCUGCAGAGAGCACAUCAACAGCAGCAGGCUGUGCUAAAGAAAUAUCAGGCCCGUAGCGGUAAAAUAUCUGCACUGGAGGAUACAGUCCGCCAACAAGAAAAGGUCAUUGAGAAGAUGGAGAAAAUAUUGGAUGCAAAACUGAAGGAAAGAAAUAAAGAGAAUUCAGAGAAGAAGAGAGCAGUCGUGAAACAUAAUGAUGAAGAGAAGCUCAAGAGGAGAGAGAUCGAGUCUGUGCUGGCGGCAGAAAACUCUAGACUCAGAGCAGAGCUGGACAGACUGCGUAAUCUACCGCCACCUGUCAUCAUUCAGCAGCCUGUGCAGUCUCUUCAGCCUUUCUCAGACCGCGAGAAGCUGGAGUUAUUGACACAGCUGGCGAGAGCUGAGGGUCGAAUCCAGACACUGGAACAACAGCUGAAAGAAAACUCCAGACAGUGGGGGAAAGAAAAACAAGAGAUGUUGACCAGACUCAGUGAAUAUGAACAUGGAUUCGCUCGAACAUCAACCAUGAUUCUUCAUGAUCUGUCCGUGAAAAGUUUGACUGAUUCUGAGCUGGGACAUACUCGACACAGGCAACUGGAACCUCUAAAGUGACCACAUCUCAUCAGUCUCCGCUAUCUGCUGGCGUUCAGCGGUUUGAUGGUGAGCAUGAUGGGCUUCUCGGGCAGCAAGAUGAGCUCAAACGUGCUCCUGACCUCCACCUGCCUCUGCUUCUCAAACCUGAAGUUCUCCAGCAUCUAUAAA